GUUCAGGGCCAACCGUUGCAAAUACCCAAGUAUGUUGAUCCUCUCGUUGGAUUGAGUCAUAUAAGGAGAAUGGGGGAAUUCGUUAUCUUUUGACAGCUUGAAAGCCAAUGAAAGAAGCAUCGUGAGUAAACUACGGGCGUCUUCCCCAUAUACGGAUCACCGAGUACCCUUUAAAAACGGCGCCGAUGUAACAUGGCAUGAAGAAUUCGUGGCCAGGGUAGUGAACAUCAGUCAGCAGUACCUCUCCUUACCAGAAAUUCUUCGUCCUACCGACCUUGGGAAUGGUUUGGUAAUGCCCGCCGACACACCCAGAGAGCAUUUAGACGUAUUUUAUCUCAACCCGUCUAAAACUGUGGCAAUUGGUAUUCUCAUUGAGAACUAUUCAAAGUAUCGCUUGGGGGAUCCACGGACUUCGGGGACUCACGCAUGUUCUUACAACCACCAGAGAAAUACACUUUUAACCGUUGAACCUGGUUCAUCCGAAUACAUGGUGGUGGAUAAUGGGGGAUACGCACAUCAUGGAAUAUGUGGAACCGUCUCGUGGCAAAUAUUUCAAGAAAAUGGAUCUCCCAUUUUGAACGAUAAAUUGGGAACCAGGUUUACCAUUACCUAUUACGUACCUUAUAGGGGUCCUUGUGGUCAGUGCAGUAAAAGACGUGAAAACACUUUCUCAUUGAAUGUCAUGCGAAUCCCCCUCAAUGCUACCCAUCAUUGGACCACCCCAAACGUGAUGGAGAAGUUCUGGGACAGUUACCACUACAAAGGAAUAGGAAGCGUUCAUCAAUCUGGAGGCGAACCCAUAUUGGGGCUCUUUGAUAAGGGAAGAUAUCUCGCUCGAGGUCAAAUGGAAUGUGGAUGCAAGCCUUUGUUGGUGGUUCAAUUUAUGCCAGGGCCUGAUUGGCGGAAAAUGAUGUGGGCCAAGAAUAAGAUGUUGAUGGAAGCAUUGAGCUUGUCCACUUCUUCCCAAGGGACCUUGAGGACCGGGACGGGAAUUCCGUUUUUGGUUAUCGUCGUGGGAUCGGCUUGUACGGGAUUCUUGGUUCUGGUCUUGGGCUUUUGUGGCAUCCGUAAAUGUAAAGAAGCUAGGUCCCCCGGAUAUGACAGUGCUCCAAUCAAUUGAAGUAAACAAUUCUUUCGUGCUUCAGAUGAUGAAUGAAGGAAUAAAUGAGGCAAUUUGAGAAGUAA